AUGGAGCUUGCUGGAAGAACACUUGAACGAAUAUUAAACUCCAUGAAUCGCUUGAUUCAAAAGAAUGAGAAGGAACAAGACAACAAUCUCCUAAAGUUUCUUGAAAAUUCUAUAGGUUUUGAGGGAGUAGAGAAAUUUGACAUUUAUCAAGUUCAACCUCUACUUUCUAUUGAACUUCCUAACAGCUGGAGCUUACCAAUAGUAACAUUUACGUGCAUCGCUGCUGCUCUCCCGAAUAUUGGUAAGGAUGUAACGAAUAGCUUGUUCAAAUGUGUUGGUGAAGGACUUUUUUACACCCAUAUUGUUGAGGAAAGCUUGAACAAUGAACGUCGGUAUGUAAACAUUCAAAAGGCAGCUAUGUCAUUGUGGGAUGAGGUAGAAGACAACAACAAGUGGUUAGAGAACAGCUUGGGAAAAAGCACUUUACGAAGGAAAAACAUCAAGAGAGAUUCUUGA